UGUUAUGGUACUACGUCAUUAGUGAUUGUUCUCGUAGUGGCUUACUAUUGGUGAUUGUUGCCAUGGUGAUAUACUAUUGGUGAUUGUUACCAUAGUGAUGCAAGAUUGGUGAUUGUUCCCAUGAAAAUUGUUAAAAUUAACCUUAUACGAUUUUACAUAUCUUUUGUAUUAAAUUUACAAAUGACUAACCCAAACAAAAUAUUCUCUACAACUUAGAGAAUAUUUUAGAACCAAUUUUAUAAGAAAAUCAACGCUGUCUGUAAAAUUAUUCGAAGUUGAUGCAAAAGUAAGAAUCAAGACUUCAUAGAGUAAAAUCUAUAUCGCUUAUAUUUGUGUUUAAAUUGGGUUUUUUUACCCAAAGCAAGGAAAAAAAAACAAUAACAGUCUCAAGUCUGUCAAUUGUGUUGCGCGCGCAAUUGUAAUUGAUCAUGUAUUACAUAAAGUAUUUCUCUUGCAUGAGGGAUUUAGGCAAAAUUCAAAAACAAUGUUUUUAUAACACUUGUGUAAAAGUAGAGAAUUUUAACUUGAAAUGCCUCGAGAGAAGCGUCCUUCAGCAAGGUUGUCAAGGCACGGCGAUUUGAGCGAUUCUGACGACAACUACAGUGAAGACGAUAACGACAUCCCUAGCUACACAAAGAGAUCGAAAGGCCUCGUGCCAACCUUAAAUACAAACUCCUCCGGUGACAAUUUACUGGAUGAUUACAAUUCAAAGCAGACGUCUGUAAUCAGGACUUCAGAUACAGCCAACUUUAUGCCAAUGUAUCCUGGUGCUAUGCAAUCCAUUAAUCCUAAUAUGGCCCUUGAGGUUGCACCUCAGAGCUUUCCAUGUGGGGUGUGUGGUAAGGAAGUAAAUGAUGAUGACGCAGCUAUAUUUUGUGAGAACGGUUGCAGUCAGUGGUUUCAUCGUGUUUGUGCUGGCCUCACUGAAAAUGCAUACAACCUAUUGACCAAUGAGGAGAGUGCGGAUUGGGUCUGUGAUACAUGCAUAUCAAGCAAGAAUAUUCCGUUGGUGAAAUUAAAGUGAAUUUCUUGUUUUGGCAAUGAAGGUAAUAGAGGCCUAUGGCAGGAUUAUUGAUGCGAAUCUUCAUAAGGUGGGAAACGAUUACAAAUUGCAUUAUAUUUACCUCUGUAAUAAUGACAUAUUUAUGUAGCGGUUAAAGUAGAAUAUUUUUAAUGGUACAUAAUAUUUUUAACGAUAAUCAAUCUGCUUAAAAACAUAUAUUGACCUUGCGAUUGUCCUGCCUGCUCCUCCAAUCUGUGAAGCUACCAAUGCCCAGACGGUAAAUAAACAGACGAUACAUUAAUUUAAUAACACAUUGCAUUUAUACC